CCAUACCCCAGCUAGUGUUCCGGGGUUGCCAUGGAGGUCUCUCCUUGGCUAAGGAUGUUGUGUACAACCUCCAGCCAUGCCCCGACAGCCUAUCCUAUCUCAGGAGGAGAAGGAGGCCCGGGCCAGGGAGAGGGACAGGCUGAAGAAGCGAAGGCGGAGGGAAGAUGGGCUGAGGCGUAGCUUGGAGCGGCAGCGCAAUGCCCUGGCCAUGCGGCGCCGGCGCUGGGAGAAGAGGGAGGCCAGGAGGCGGAUGUGCCAGGAGGCUGAGCUCCAAGGCCUGGCCUGCAGGCUGGGUGGCCAGGCUUGGGAGUGGAGGCAGCAGAGGCGAGAGGAGCAGGCCACAGCCCUGGACAGAGAGCUGGCCACCAUGGUCCAUCUGCGGCAGGAGGAGGAGAGGCCAGAGCCAGGGCCCUCACUGAUCUGGGGAACUGGAAAUAGCCAGGUGCCUCAGAGUAAAUAUGCAGAGCUGCUGGCCAUCAUUGAAGAGUUGGGGAAAGAGAUCAGGCCCACGUACGCGGGGAGCAAGAGCGCCAUGGAAAGACUAAAACGAGGCAUCAUUCAUGCCCGAAGCCUGGUCCGGGAGUGCUUGGCUGAAACAGAACGUAAUGCCAGGUCCUAGCCCCUGGCGAGUCUGAAGGGGCCCAUCUUGCUACCCCAUGGAGAUGAGAGGCGUUGUUCAAAAUGGCAGUAGUUUUCAUACCAUGGUCAUUAAGCUCUGAACCCACAUUCAGAAGAUUGGGAAGACAUUUUGCAGUUACUGAUGAUGUGCAUUUUAAGUAGUUAGGAACCAUCCAGCUCUUUUUUCUUUCCAAACAUUGAUCUAAAAGAUGUUUGUGAAGCUACUUCAUAGCAAGCUGUUGUUUGCCCCCAAAUACCAGUGUCCCCUUUAAUCUCCCUUUGGAUACAUUUGCCAUUUGCAUCACCCCAGUUGACUUCCUUUCCCUGAGCUCACCUGCCUCUGAGGACUUGCGUGCAAACCACAGCACGUUUGCUUAGUAGCUGGCCCGCCUGUGUACAGUGUAGACCCUGCUUCACGGAGCUUCUCUGCUUAAGCGUUUGCAUGACUGAGUGCUUUGAAGUCAAUCUUUAAAAUGCACAAGUUAUAAAUACAGAAGAAAGAGCAAUCCACCCAAGCUACCAAGCGCCCUGCAAAUGUCCACCCUGAGACUGUAGAUCUCAGUUCCAUGUUUACUGUGAGAUGAUCACAACAUCUGGAAGAAAACGACUGAAACUGUUGCAUCUUUGUAUUUAUUACUUGAUGUAAUAAAGCUUAUUUUCAUUAACA